GGGGCCGGAGGAGCGACGGGUCCCCCCCGGGCAGUGUUGCGGUGGGCACGCCCAGAGCCGACCGCCCGGCCGGGGCGGGCCCUGUGGCGGGCUGGCAGCGAUGGCGGCGGCCGAGGUGGCGCGGCAGGGUGAAGGCUGUCGUACUGUCCCGCUUUCCGGACACGUAGGAUUUGACAGUUUGCCUGACCAGCUGGUUAAUAAGUCAGUUAAUCAUGGGUUUUGUUUCAACAUCCUGUGUGUGGGGGAAACUGGCCUCGGUAAGUCCACCCUCAUGGACACACUUUUCAACACCAAGUUUGAAGGUGACCCAGCAUCUCACUCACAGCCCGGGGUCCAGCUGAAAUCCAAUACCUACGACCUGCAGGAGAGCAACGUCAACCUCAAACUCACUAUUGUGAGCACAGUGGGCUUUGGGGAUCAGAUCAACAAAGAGGACAGCUAUAAGCCCAUUGUUGAGUUUAUUGAUGCUCAGUUUGAAGCCUACUUGCAAGAAGAGCUGAAGAUAAAGAGGGUCUUGCACAACUACCAUGACACGCGAAUCCACGCCUGCUUGUACUUCAUUGCUCCGACAGGCCACUCACUGAAGUCCCUGGACUUGGUAACAAUGAAGAAGCUUGACAGCAAGGUGAACAUCAUUCCCAUCAUUGCCAAAUCUGAUGCCAUUUCCAAGAGUGAGCUGACCAAAUUUAAAAUCAAAAUCACGAGUGAACUGGUCAGUAAUGGAGUCCAGAUCUACCAGUUCCCAACAGAUGAUGAAUCAGUGGCAGAGAUAAAUGGGACAAUGAAUGCCCACUUGCCCUUUGCAGUGAUCGGGAGCACGGAGGAGCUGAAAAUAGGAAACAAAAUGAUGAAGGCUCGUCAGUACCCCUGGGGCACGGUGCAGGUGGAGAAUGAAGCUCACUGUGACUUUGUGAAGCUGAGGGAGAUGCUGAUCCGUGUGAACAUGGAAGACCUUCGUGAGCAGACCCAUACACGCCACUAUGAGCUGUACCGGCGAUGUAAACUGGAGGAGAUGGGUUUCAAGGACACUGAUCCAGACAGCAAGCCCUUCAGCUUACAAGAAACUUAUGAAGCCAAAAGAAAUGAGUUUCUGGGGGAACUGCAGAAAAAAGAAGAGGCAAUGAGGCAAAUGUUUGUCCAGAGAGUCAAGGAAAAGGAAGCAGAGCUGAAAGAGGCUGAAAAAGAGCUGCAUGAAAAGUUUGAUCGCCUGAAAAAGUUACAUCAGGAUGAAAAAAAGAAGCUAGAGGAUAAGAAGAAGUCUCUGGAUGAUGAAGUAAAUGCAUUUAAACAAAGGAAGACAGCAGCUGAAUUGCUCCAGUCUCAAGCUCAGCAAGCUGGAGGAUCACAAACUCUUAAAAGAGAUAAGGAAAGGAAAAAUUAGCUGCUGUUUGGCUGCAUGGUGCAUGAGGCACAUUGUCCUGUUCGGGUUUCCUGUAGAACCUUUCCCUUCACUCCAGAAGCGAAUGCCCCACAUUCAGUUAACACGCAGCUAUGCCAUUGUGCCUGUUUGCUCACCUUUACUCCUUGCUCCCUUCCUGCACUCACCAUUUUGUCUUAAGCAAGAGUCCACACCCUUGGCUGUUACGGGCUGUGGUUGCUCUUGUGAAGAACUCAGCAAUAGCCUGUGUGGAAGUGGCAAGAGAUGCUCAUUGCUGAUUCCUCUCCCCCUUUGGGCAGUAGCAGGCUGCCCAGCGCUCACAAGGCACUCACAGGGUACCCCCUUCUCAACUGCUCAGCUUCUAGUCUCCCUCCGCUCUGUGUGAGGGCUGCUUGGUGGUGUGCAAUUAGCCCCUGCGGUGGGACCGCUGUGAAUGCAACCUGAUGCUGCCAUGGGGUGGGAUGUGCUGUCUCAAGAGACUGGCUGCCCUCUCCCCUUUUUCAUUUGCUCUAUCUAACCCUCAUUACUCAUUACUCCCCUGUGCUGCCGUGUGCAACUCAAGUAAUUUUUUGCAAAACAUCCUCACAGGCGUGGGCCUGAGUCCAAAUCUCUAGUCCCCAGGCCUGGGGGAUUCUCAAACUUGGAUCCACGGUUUGCAACUAAGUGUUCUCUGAAUGCUGCAGGGGUCACGAAGGAUCUCUUGCCUUGCCUCCUUCUCAGUGCGCUGGCCUGGAUGCACAUCCUGGAUCCAAUCUCAGGGAAAGCUGGUCACCUUGCUGUACAUAUCAGUGCUUGUGAAGAAAGAUGAUGAUGUUUCUUUGACUUUUUCUCAGUGAUUCCAACCAUGUCUGGUUUUAAUGCAAAAAGUAUUGCCUUUAUUUUUUCUAUUUGGCAUCUGUUUGGCAGAUGCUGGCAGGUUGCUUCCCAUGUUUUCUAUUCAGCAAAAGCCUCGUUUCACUGCAUGAUUUGCACUAAGGAGGAGGAUGUUUUCCUCACUGGGGCCAGGAGAUCACCCUGCCCAAGUGCAACUGUGGUUCGCCUGCAGGUGUCUUCUCUGUGUAUUGCUGGAUGAGUUUUGUUUUUAAAUAAAGACUUCAUCAGACAGUGAAUUCUGGUUAACAUUUACUUCUUUUGUUUUUUGUUUUCUUUGCCCUUUUU